AUGAAGCCUACCACAACAAGCUGUAUGGAUUUAGGCUCUGACUGUGACACCAGAGAUCUGGAUAAAUUUAAGAGCGUGGCGAGAAGGAUGGCAGCCAACGCCCGAGAAAGGAAGAGGAUGCAGGGCUUGAACACAGCCUUCGACCAGCUACGUAAAGUAGUUCCCCAAUGGGGACAGGACAAGAAACUGUCAAAGUAUGAAACCCUGCAGAUGGCUCUGAGCUACAUUAUGGCUCUCAGUCGUAUUCUGAGUGACUCCAAGAUGCACAGCUCCCCUCACAGGCAGUGGCUGGACCUGCAGUUUGACAGCCUGCAGUCGGAAGACUAUCAAUCAGUUGUGAGGUACAGCUCACCUGUUGAAAAUGAGUGCACGAACGCCUUUUCCUACCAUUAUGAGGACUUUUAUAUACCUACAUAG